GAUUUUAUUUUUAAUAACUGUAGUUGUGGUUUGUGGAAAGUAAGAAUAAAAUAUAAUAAUCCCUUAUUUCAUUAUAACAUAAAAAUGUCUUCAAUUACUCAGAUAUGUCGUCUGAGUAAUUACGUGGUAGGAAGCUAUAAAACUGUUUUACACACAAGGACGAACUGGUUAAACAGUAUACAAGUAUGUACUUACACUAAGAAAUCAGCUGAAGAGAAAUUGGGUAUAGAAAAACCUAAGAGGCCGUUAACACCUUUUUUUAAAUUUAUGGCCCAAAUGAGGCCAGCACUGUUAGCUAAAAAUCCUGGCAUCACAUCUAAAGAGUCUAUUGCAUGGAUGUCGAAACACUGGCAACAACUUGAUAGUGAGACAAAAGCGCAAAUGGUAAAAGAAUAUGAAAAAGAUCAGGAGGAUUAUAAAAAGAUAAAGGAAUUAUAUGAAGCAUCAUUGACGGAGCAACAAAAGGAAGAUAUAAAGAGACUUAAAGCAGAAAUGACUGUAGCCAAGGAGAAAAGAAAACUAAAAGCUGAAUUAAAAGAAAUGGGAAAACCAAAGAAACCAAUGUCUUCCUACUUUCUUUUCACACAAACAAAAAAAGAUCUCCUCCAAGGUAAUAAUAUGAAAGAGUACCAAGAACAGAUGAAAAAGGAUUGGUUAAAGUUGUCUGAAAGUGAAAGAGUAAAGUAUGAAAAACAAGCUCAACUGCUAAUGGAUAAAUACAAAAAAGAUCUAGAAGCUUGGGAAAUGAAAAUGGUUGCAAUUGGACGUACAGAUUUAGUACGUCAGAAGCCAACACGGCAACCAAGGAAGUCGAAAGCUGUAAAGGGACAAUAGGAAUUCGGGUGCUCUGACGAAUUUAUUGACUUCAAAGAAAUUGAUAAAGAAAAUGUUGAUUUUAAAAGCAUCAAGAAACAAACCAAUAGUGAAACACAAGGUUUGACACAAAGUGAGGUGUCAAAUGAUUUUUAUAACCAAACGCAUAGUCCUUCCAAACCAGAAAAAUUGAUCAAAAAUCAACAAUUGAAACAGAAUUAUGUUUCA